AUGACUGGAGAGGCUUGGGAGAGCUCGACAUCUUCACGUGAAGAAGUUGUUGCCAAAAACAGGAAGCACUCGACUCGAGUUUCGCUCUUAUUAGAGCUCAUCAGCAGUGCGUAUCCAAUGGCCGCGCCGGGGUUCGAACUCCGGACAACUGACAUGCGAGGCGAGUGUGUAACCACUACUCCACCAACGCACGUUAAAUGCAUCUGA